CCUUUCGUACGGCCCAUUUGGGUGGCAUGCAGGCAGACGCCGAGCUGGAAAAUUUAAACGCGGCGAGUCAUUGGGAAGGCGGCGUGUGCGUCGCUCCAGGGGCGCACAAAACUUUCUUCAGGUCAUUUCAUAUCCGCCAAACAAUAGCAGCUCCCUGCUGGCUUUGCCGAUUGAAAACGCCUUCAACUACAAAAACAGGCAUAAAAGAGAUUUAAGCGCCUGCAAUCACCGCAGCGUUUUCCAGCUAUACCUCCGCCUCUUUUGUUAAACGUCAAACUUGUAAAAUUCCUCGGAGAAGCAGUGUGCGACUUUUUUCUUCUGCGGAUUUCUCGAUAUAUUUAAAGUAUAGCCGUAUUAUUCGGUCAGUUUCUAUUUUUAACUUUGUUCAAUACUAAAUAUAGCUAUUUAAUGGUAACACAGUAACGCGCGUGUCCUUGGUCACGGUGUGAAAAGGCAUGAGAUGCGGUUUUGCGGCGUUGCCAGGUUGUAAUUAAAUAUAAGGGUGGAAUAAUCCAAAAGUGCAUUUAACCAGUUCAGUGUUUGCCAAACAUCGCUAUAGAAUUGUUUUAUUGUUGGUGUUGUGUUUCCAAGACAUUAGCGACGGCUGGAAGGCUGGGUGUUUAUUCUUAUCUGCAUGUCGACUCAGUUGGGCGUGCUGUCAUUUGUUACUAAUAAUAAAUUGAACAACGUGAUCGGUAUUCAGUUUAUUUUGCGUGUUUAGUUUUUUUUGCCGAAAUACAUAAGCCGAUUGUGCAUUAAAAACCCUAAGAAACUGAAUGUGCAAAAUAUAAUCAUUUAGUGAUUGAAUUAGUUUUGCGUACGUCCAAUACUUAGUCAUUAUUGAUAUUAAAAUGGCUGUACGAGGGAUUUGCAAAGUACGCCUGGCUCUGCUGGCUUUAGCUGUGAUCACGCUUUCCGGAGUGGUGCCCCCAUGCACCGCGGAUGUGGGGGCUUCCCAGACCCCCAAUGAGCUGCUGGCGGGACUGCGGCUUGUCCUGGACGAAGCGUGCGGGAAAGCACACCAGCUACUGGUGUCCGUCGUCGGCUCGCGGGUCAUCGACACCACCACUGAGAAUGCUAAAUUGUGCCUUCACUCUUUGUUUGACCAGGAGAAACUAGAGGCCUUAUUGGAGUACUUUAAAGUGGCAGUCGGAGUUCUGUCGACGGGAGCAGCCAGUGGGUUGAACGUGAUCGCCGUCUAUGUCUCUGAGAUCCUGAGUGCAACUGGAGUGUCAGUCAAGCUGCCGUUUCCUCAUUUCACUGCAGAAGGGAUCGCCUUUGUCGCUCAGUGGGCUCUGCUGGCGGUGAUUGGUUACUGGGUUUUCUCCUUGGUUCUGCAUUUGGUUCUGUGCCUCCUGAGGCGGGUUCUUUGGCUCCUGAAGCUGAGCAUUGCCCUGUGGCUCUUCGUGGUCAUCGUGAGCGACACCAGCGCAAACACCAACACCACUGCCUGGCGUCUAAGUGCCCUGGUGUUCGCCUGUGCCCUGCUGGGUCUGGCACGAGUCGGGUCUGAGCAGGACAAAUCCAGCAAUCUGGAGAGACGUGUGAAAGGUUUGGAGGGAUCAAUGAAGAGGAUCGAACGCAAUCUGAAGCAAUGAUGUAUGUCUGGAGGUGGAAUUGGGUCAGUGUGCUUGACGAUCUGUAAUAAAGCUGUCUUUAUUACAUGUUU